CCCCUGAUACUUGACAUCAUAUAUGAAAGUGAACUUCUCUACCUAUGGUCAUGGCUGGCCUGGUUGACUUAGUCUUGUCUUCCUGCAAGGUAUCAUCGAAUCUACAGGCCUCGUACUCUGUUUUAUUCCUGCUGAUUUUCAUGCCAUUUCUUUCAAGCAGGCACCUCUGUCUUGCUAAAUCUUCCUCCACUUGCUCUUUGCUCUCCCCUGUGAGUGCUAUAUCAUCUGCAAAAACCACGCACCACGGUGCACGCCGCAUGUUUUGUGUAAGUGCAUCGAGCGCCAACGGGAACCAAAAGGGGCUACUGUGGAUUCUUGAUGUGCUCUGACUCUUACUAAAAACUGUUCGGUUUCUCCACGUGGCCUCCUGACCGUGGUAACCGCACGUACCGACGGGGCGUGUCCCAGACAUGUCUGAUGUAGUCUUCAGGCAUCGGUUUCGUUCUCAUACACCACCAAAUGACUUCUCUUGGCACGUGGUCAUAAGCCUGCCCAACAUGGCAGAGUAUUGUCCGCAGGGUUUCUACUUUUCUCUGUAUUUUUUCCACAAGCAAUCGUAAUGCAAAGAGAACAUCCAUUUGUUCGGUUCCGGUAGAACAGCUCCUAAUUUGUUGGGUACAUUUGUGAAAUGGCUAGAAUGAGUGGGACAAGGUGGGUGAGAGAAGCUUUUUGAAAGCGAGGAGCUUUCGAGCCACACAGAGCUCUUACUGAGUGGUGCAUUUUGGGGAUGUAAUUGGAGCUCCCAGGUGCCCCCAAGCCCAUUCCCCAGAGUGUCAGCACCCAGCCUGCACCCACUGGUCUCCUUCCUGGGCCUGGUGACCGAUGGGGAUGGUUACAACUGGGGAGGUGGCGACCGAGCAGCUAAACAAAGCAGCGGUGCCGUCUGCUCCAGAGCCGCUCCCUGCCCUUCCUGCGGGGCGAGGCUGGCGCAGAGAUGGCACUGACUGAUCCACUGCCUGGGUGCAGGGAGUUCCCUGAGGCUGCCUCCGGUGCUGGGCCUUGUCCCCCUGUGUGUGUUGGCCGGGAAGAGGAUGCGCAGGACGGCCUGAGCCCGGUGUUUGGUGUGGGGUCGUCGGGAGCCGGGGGACCGAGUGCUUUCCACUACCGGGGGUCAGUGUCGCUGGGGCGAGGUCUCCAGCAGGGACGAGUGAUCUGGGGGACCCCUCUGGGGUGCUUUGAAGGGGCCCGAUUCCCAGAGGUGGGUGCUCAGCACCCUUUGGAAUUCACCCCUCCUCCGAGGGGUGUUUGCCCUGCAGCGGCUCAUCACCGCGGAGUCUUGGCCCCACGUGGGGGGCUGCAGCCCAGGGAGGGGAAGUGAGCUGCCCUGGCCACCCCGGCACAGACCUAGUGCUAGGGCCACCGGCUGUGCGGUUCCCGGAACAGCCCUGGGGCAAGCCAGAGAGCACCCCGAGUCGUGGGGCCUGGCCUGUGCCUCAUCCUAGCCGAUAAAGCUGGGCUGAGAACCCCAGCCCCUGGAUGAAAGGGCAGCGCUCCCCCUGCUCUGAUCCCUCUCCCUCUGUGUCCCUCCCAGGCUGGUCCGUGCCCGCUGCCGGAGGAAGGGCUGGCAGGAGGUGUCGGUGCUCUGCAUUAUUUACAGCUUUGUGGGCAGCAUGUGCAACACGAUUGGGGCGCUCCUCGCCAAGCAGCUCGCCAUCCAGGUCUUCAUAGGGGCGUACAUGGCUGCUGUUGACAUCAUUCACUUCCUGCUGACUCUCUUUCCUGUCUGUGCGUCUGACCCCAGACCCACACCAGUGCGGGGCCGGUUCCCCGACAGGCUUUCGUUGUGUCUCCUGGCUGAGACUUUGUCCUGCGCAGCUCCGCCCGGCAGGAGGAAGAGGAGGAGAAGGCAGGUGAGGAGCAGCCUCCUUGCCCUCGCUCUGCCCCUGUGCACGGGCCCUGGCUGGUACGUCCUGGCGAUGGCCACCUCAUCCUCCCCCAAGGAGUUCCACGGUGCACAGAGGAGACUGCUCGGGACGGCACUGCAGGAGAACACGGAAGUGCUGGGCUUUGCGCUGGGGAUGCUCGCUGCGCUCGUCGCCUUCACGGUCAGGAUCCCCGCGCUGUCUGGAGCGUGCAGAGGGAGGCUGUCUCCAGUGACCCAGCUCUGGGCCAGCGUCUCCUCGGCCCUGGCCAGCGUCCUGUAUGCAGCGGCCAUUGUGACUCACGACCAGCGGCCCGCGUACUUCGUGAGAGCCAUGCCCUGGCUCCUGCUCGCCCUGGGCUCUGCUGCGCUCGACGUGGCUAUCGCCUGUCUGUCCUGCUUGAUGAAAAGCCAGAUGGGCCAGCGGCUGGGCCUUGUGGCUGAGGCAACAGAGACCCCGGCCACGUGGGUGCUGCUGGCGCAGGUGGAGGAGGAGGAGGAAGAGCCGAAGGGAACCGAAGAGGAAAAGGCCCCCAACUGGCUGCCGCUGAGCAUGUUCCCGGCCCCCAAGUCGCUCCACGAGGGGGCAGCCGUCGGCCGCUGCCUGGAUCUCACCAUCGAGCAGGUGCAGCAGGCCUCUCCGGGGCUUUCUGAUCCUCCUACUGUGUCCCUUGAUUCUACGCUGGUAAAUCCUGCUCCCUGCUACGUCCAGGCUGGCUGCGGUGCAGUGAGGCUGCCAGGAGAUGGACAGACGAGUGCUGCCGACCCUGCCCUGCCGGAGCCCCCUGCCUACCCUCCAGUCCAGGUCACCCACGCCAAGCUCUCCCCCUCCAGCUCCUCGUACGUCUCCUCCAUCAGCUCCGAGCUCGAGUGGGACUUCGAAGGCAUGAAUCUGCAGUGGAACAGAAACGGUACCGAGGCGCCAGACAUCCAGCCCGGCGGCAGCUCGCUGCCGGCUUCGGGUUUGACGUGAACGCCCUCAAACAAGCCGCAGCUGCGCUGAGACUGUGUGAUAAUGACGCCCCCGGGGCAGAGAAAUCAUAGCAGGUAACAAAAAAACAGCAGAAGAAAGAUCCUCUGUGGAAGAUCCCUGGCAGGUCCAGGUUACAGCAGUACUGUGGGCCAGAUCCGGGGAUGCGGCUGGUUUGCACAGGGCAGGGAGUAGAUGCAAAUGUAGCUCAAAUCUCACCGAUGUACUUCCCUGAUCCUGCUGCAGCUUUGGGCAGGGCGGCUUCUUCUGCACUGGGCUGGAGCAACCUGAAGGCCACGCAAACAAACCCUGUCUGCAAACAGCCCAAGGAGCUGAAAACACAGCUGGGGCUCGGCGUGUCUCUGGCCACACGCCUGUUCCCUGCGGCACUCGCAGGGGCGGUGGGGAAUGGCAGAAGAGCCCCAUGGUCAGCGUUCCUUUGCCAGAGACUCACCGUGACGCUGGGGCAGCCCACCCCAGGCCCUGUUCAAAUGGGGGGGCUUACAGUGACUGCACCUCACCAGGGAUGCUGCAGUGUCUGCACUAAUCAGGGCUGAACCGCGCCCAUUGCCCAGUGAGAAUAACUGACCUCUGGGGGAUCGGAGGGCGUGGGGGCAGUUUCCCGCCCUGGCACCGUUGGGUUGGCCGUAGCCCAUCGAUCAGGGUUUCCAGCCCUGCUCCCCGAGCUGCAGGGAGGGGCUCACAAGCACCCCCGCUGUGGCUGUGCGCUUCCUCUGAGCCGGGCCCCGUCGGUGCCGGAGGGGGAUGUGCCCUGACAGGUCAGUAACAGGAGCACGUCCAUCUCCCUGGCCGGAGUUGGGACUUCAGAGCUGCCAGUCCCAGGACAGAUUCAGAGGAGAAAUAACGCGCUGCUGUUUGACCGCAAGGGAACUGAGCAGCGUCACAGAGCUUCUCCAUUACUUCCAGAGCAGGUUUCUGGCAGAUCUGCUCUGGUUCAGCCCCACGAUGUGAACUGACAGUGGGGAGUCGUACAGCCUGUGCUGGGCGUCUGUGUGGGGCUCCUCAAACAGCUGCUUCGGACUCAGCAGCCAGCGCUGGCUGGCGUGAGCAGGGGAAGCACAGGCCGCUGGUUCUGCAUCACUUCCGCUAACAGUGUAGGUGGCCCCCACGCCUCCCGUUAUCUGCUUGUAACUGGCCGGAUUCUGACCAGACCUUGCCGACACACACCAGGGUUUGCUGGCCAGGCAGAGCGAGGCUGGCUCGCACCAGCUCCUGGCAUGGGGAAGCUCUGCUGUUCCUGAGUUACCUGCAUGAGGGCGGUUGCUGCCCCAGCUGUGGGGAGCAAGGGUGGGGUCACACUCCCACUACCACUACCACAGCUGUGCUGGCCUUCGGCCUGGGCAGGGCCCUUGGAAAGAGCUGCAGGGCAAAGCAGGUUUGGAAUCCCCGUUUCCUUGGCCAGUCCAGGUGCUCUGUCACCUCGGGGCCCCCCCGCGUGCUCUGGGCACUGGUAUCACAGUGCCCCCAUACGCAGAUCACUGGUGUCUGAAACUGCUCGGUCGAGCCGCAAGCCCCCCUUCGUCUGCACCUUUUCGAGCUGCUCCUUCUAGCGCAGAGACGCUGCUGGGAGUGAGACGCAGCGGGCCGCCGGGAUGCGCCCCAGGAGAGCUGCGAGGGCUGAACGUUGGGGGGGGGGGGGCGCUGUUGUGACCCGAGAGGAUGGUGUGAAAAGCUGGCAGCAGCGGCUGUGUGGGCUGCAUGCGGCGAGGCGGGGGUGCAGCUGGGAGAUGUCAGGUCCCGCACUGCAGCAAACAGCAGGAUGGUGCGUCCCGCCCUGCGUGAACGUGGAGCCGGCUCUGCCUGAGGGAAGGGGCACUGGGGCAGAGGGGUAAUGCUGGGCUCGCUUUGGCUGGAGGGAGCAGGCCCAGGCAGGUGUGGGUGGGAAAGGCUUUCCUUUUCUGUUAUGCUAUUGGGUCUUAGAGCAGCACCUAUAGCCCCCUAUAGAUUGAUCUCCUAUAGACUGUUCCGGGGGAGGGGUCACAGGCUCCCUUUGUCACAUUGCGGUGGGAGAUUGCAAUCCCCUGACCGUGUGCCCUGGCUGUUCUACCCCUUCUGCUCCCCAGAGUCCCUCGCAGCUCCGCUCCGUUCCCCUGGCAAAGCUGGAACCCCUCCGCUCUGCGCCGCCAGCCGUGCCCAGAGCCAGGCUUGGGGCUUGUUGAACACUAGGCCCGAUGAGCUACAGCAAACGGGAGGGCGGCCUUGCGGUGCAUUCCUAGGACACUGAGCUGCCCUCCCUCUCUGGCUCCACUCGCCUCACCCCUGGCUUCUGGGAACGCAGCACAGGCGAGAAGACGACAUCUGACGAGAGCGUCUGGCAUUUUGUCGCUCCCAAUCUGAUCUCGCAGCCCUCAGCCUGCCUGGCGCUGCCCCCUCCAGGUAGAUGACCCAUCUGGCAGCUGCCUAGGGCAGCGAACGUACAGCGAUUGUUCAGGGAGCGAGCGACUGUGACCUGCGCUGGGUCAGACGCUCCCUUGGCCCAGAACAGCAAAACAUUCCCGAGCCGGCGCUGAUAAGAAACCUCCACAUUAAUAUUUCUAACGGCUGGAGAUUAAUUGCCUGGUAGUAAAGCUCAGAAAUCCAGACAAUGCAAAGACUGGAAAGCCAGGGGAAAGGAAAUUCUUCUGCUGUAUUGCCUUUUCCUAUUCAGAUAAUGCACAAUAAAAUAUGAGCGUGCAAGUCAG